CGUAACAUCCGCUCCGGCGGGUACCGAGUGUACCGACUAUCUCGCUCUCUCCCUCGCUGAGGCUGACCGCUGAGGCAGUGGCGGAUACAACAAGCUUGACUAAGCGGCGGCUAGGCUAACAGAGCAGUGCAGUGCCGUUCGUCUCGUGCUCGUCGCGGCAAGUUGACCUACCUAAGUAUAAGUGUAUAACUUGUAUAGGCUGCAGCGUCGCCCCUGUCGUGCGUGUACGCUUCACCCUAGCGCGCGCCAUUACGCGCGUCUAGCCUUCAAUUGAUUUUCCUGCUCGUACACUUUGCAACCGGAGAGCCGAGCAUCAGUCAAGAUGACGGACAAUCAAUACGCAAACUACCAGCAGCAGGGCUACAACCAGUACAGCCAGCCUCCCCCGUCGGCCGGCCCAACUGACACUAGCUAUCCGCCCCCGAGCACGGGAGGUUCUACCACUUACAAUCAGUACAGCCAGCCUCCGCCAAACUACCCGAGUUACCAGGGCUAUCAGGACACCGAGUCUAGCCAGGAUUAUAGUCAAGCUCCAAGCCAGGGUGGCUACAACCAGAGCAGCUACGGAGGCUCUGGUGGAGCCAACAACGGCAGCAGCAGUGGCAAUAACUACGGAGGUAGUAGUUACGGAGGUGGAAACACUGGAGGCAGCGGAGGCGGCGGUGGUGGCGGAGGUGGCGGAGGUGGAUACAACAGGAGUAGCUCCGGAGGAGGUGGAGGAUAUGGUAGUGGAGGCAGUGGAGGUGGAGGUGGCCGAUAUGGCGGUGGAGACGAUCGAAGGGGAUACGGUGAUCGUUCAGGUGGCGGCAGUUACAACAGUGGCGGUGGCCGUGGUGGUUAUAACAAAGGAGGAUACGGUGAUCGCGGGGGUGGUGAUGGGAUGGUCACACAAGAAGACACCAUUUUCGUGUCCGGCAUGGACGCUACCAUUACUGAAGAGGAAAUCUGCCAGCACUUUGGCGCUAUUGGUCUCAUAAAGAAUGACAAGCGCACUGGCAAGCCCAAGAUCUGGAUGUACAAGGACAAGAGCACGGGAAAGAAUAAGGGCGAAGCGACGGUUACGUACGACGACCAGAAUGCUGCUCGCUCGGCCAUUGACUGGUUCGACGGCAAAGAGUUCAAGGGCUGCACCAUCAAAGUCCAGAUCGCCCAGCACAAGAGUAACUGGCAGGGCAGUCGAGGCGGCGGUGGUGGCGGUGGUGGCGGCGGCGGCGGCGGUGGCGGCCGAGGUGGUGGCGGCGGUGGUCGUGGAGGUGGCCGCGGAGGCAGCGGUGGUUAUGGAGGGGGUGGCGGCGGCGGCGGCGGCGGCGGACGUGACCGUGGCGAUCGCAGUAGCGACCGAGACAGAAAUGACCAUCACCGAGGAGGCGACAGCGAUCACCGCCGAGACGGAGGCGGCGGUGGCGGUGGAGCUGGCUCUCGUGGAGGAGACUGGAGGUGCCCCAAUCCCAGUUGCGGAAAUACCAACUUCGCCUGGCGUGAUCAAUGUAAUUUGUGCAAAAGUUCCAAGCCUGAAGGCAUGGGCGGAGGAGGUGGCGGUGGCGGUGGCGGCCGCGGAGGUGGUGGCGGAGGUCGAGGAGGUGGUGGUCGCGGUGGCGGAGGCGGAUUCAGAGGCGAUCGCGGAGGUGGCCGGGGAGGAGACAGAGGAAGCAGAGGAGGAUUCCGAGGUGGAGAUAGGGGUGGUGGUCGUGGCGGUGGCCGAGGCGGACCUAUGCGAGGCGGUGGAGGGCGUGGAGACCGCGACCGUGACCGUCAACGACCAUAUUAAAAUUUUUCGUUGCAAAUGAAAAGAAGCGAUCCCAAGCGCUGACGACAGGCUUGCGCCCAAGCAACGAGCAUGUACAUUUUUCCAAAAUGUUAAAAUAAGUAUGCACCCGUUUUUGACGUGUCAUGUUCAAGUUCUUAUUUUUUACACUACUCGUGGAACAAGAUGGAUGUUUUCCCGAGCUUGCCCGAUUACUGAAAGCGUCCGAAUGAUCACAACUAACGAAUGGAACAUCGCAUUCUUGGUUUUCGAGACGAAAUGUAUUGAAUUUUUCUCAAGACUGGGUAAUGCUUUUGUGUAAUUAAAAUUAAAUUACGAAUUACGUGCUUGACACGAUCAAGUAUCAAGCUAGGUUUUAAUAAAAACAGUCCCUAGAGUUAAGAA